UUGAUGAAUCCUGAAACAUGUAAUCGUGUCGAUGCUUAUGCCUUGACUAAUUCGUUUUUCUCCUGAAUGAUUUAUUCGAGGGAUAUUUAAGGAGCGAAUAUGAAUCCUUCCAGAAGAAGCGAAAGCGAUUGGCAAGGUUUGGUGAAUGAGUUCCUGGUGUGCAAGAGAAAGCUGGAGAGUAAGAAAGAGGCACUGCUGAUCUUAUCUAAAGAGCUGGACACCUGCCAGCAGGAACGAGAUCAGUUCAAGUUGAUGGCAAACCAGCUCCGUGAGCGCCACCAAGGGCUGAAGAAAAAGUACAGAGAGCUCAUAGACGGUGACCCCUCUCUGCCUCCUGAAAAAAGAAAACAAGUCAAUCUGGCCCAGUUACAUAGAGACUCCCGAGAACAGAACAAAGAGCUGAGUGAACAGUUGAAGGAACUGAACCAACGUUUAACAGAGGUGCAGGGUGAUAACAAGCUGCUGAGGAUGACCAUCGCAAAGCAGCGUCUGGGGGAUGAGGAGGUGGGGGCUCGUCACUUUCCUGCCCACGAGAGAGAAGAUCUUGUUCAGCAGUUAGAGAGAGCUCGAGAACAGAAUGAAGCACUGGAACAAAGCUUGAAGUCUGCCACAGAUGAACUUCAGGAUGUUAGAGCAGAGCGUAAUGUGUAUCAGGAGAAAUCCCAUAGACAAAAUCUAGAAAUUAACCACAUCCUGGGUAGCAACGAGAACUGCAUCCUUGAUAUAGAUGCGCUAUGUAUGGAGAACAGAUAUCUGCAUGAGCGGCUUAUGCAGCUUCAGGAGGAGGUCAGUCUCCACAAAUCAAAUGUCAUGAAGUACAAGAGUGCUUUAGAAAGCAAGAAGAACUGCAAAGUCUAUGGCAAAAAUAACAGCAGUGCUUUAACCGGUGUCCUGUCUGCCAAACAAGUGCAAGAGCUGUUGCUGUCUGAGGAGAAUGGCUGCAGUCUCCCAGUCACUCCUCAGUCCAUUAGUGACCUGAAGUCUCUGGCCACGGCUCUGCUGGAGACCAUUCACGAGAAGAACAUGAUCAUUCAGCAUCAACGCCAAACCAACAAGAUCCUGGGAAACCGGGUUGCAGAACUUGAGAAGAAGUUGAAAACAUUGGAAGUGUCUGGGUUGUGGAGUCUGCCAGGCAUCACCUACAACGUGUCUCUUGGACUAGGGAGAAGGAAAGCUGUUAUUGUCCUCAGUGACUCUCAGCAUGUUCAGCCCACCACAGAACAGUCAGUACAUCUAACACCUAAGUCAGUGGCUUCAGUAGGAGAUGAAGAGAUACUGACUGGAGAAGAGGUCACAGAGGACACUGGACUCGGUGUAGUCAUCGGUCAAAACGAUUGUCAAGCUAUAGCAGUUGAGGUGAACCAAACGGGUGGGUAUUUUAACACCCCCUAUUCAGGCUCUCAAAUUCCACAAUCCAGUGAAUCAGUAGAAAGUAUCCUGCCUGUGGUGAUCGCAGAGUGUAAAUCCCUUGCUUGUUGUGACUCUAUGAAGCCCAUGUGUCUCGCUGAGAGUGGAUCAGAAAAAUGUGAGAUUGAAGCAUGGCAACACAAUGAUUUGGAAAGCCCUUUACAUCAAUCUAUGAACAGGGAAGUGUCUUUCGAAAAUUCAGAACAAAAAGCUGAGAAUGAUGUUCCUGUUGUUUACUUUGAGGAGGACAGUCUACCUUUGGCUUCAGAGAAUUGUGUCAGUUUUGACUCUUUUUCUGCAUCUGAGCCUUGUACAUCAGAACAGCAAACAGAAAAAUCAGUUGAUAAAGAAACUGAGCAUGCUUCCCUAAACACAAGUCCUCCUUCUCAAAAGCCAUCACACCAGGAAUGAACGUCACUCAAGAAUGUGUAAUGACAACUUCCAUUUUUUAAAAUGUUUUUCAAACCCCACAACUUGUUGAAUAGUUCACCCAAAAAUGAAAUUUCUCUCAUCAUUUACUCACCCUCAUGCCAUCACAGAUGUGUGACUUACUUUCUUCUGCUGAACACAAAAAUCUGUUUUGUAGGUAUAUCCAAUGCAAGUAAAUGGUGACCAGAACUUUGAAGCUCAAAAAAGAACAUAAAGGUAGCAUAAUAGUAAUCCAUAAGAUUACAUUACAUCAGAAGCGAUAUGAUAGGUGUGGGUGAGAAACAGAACAAUAUUGAAGUCUUUUUGUACUAUAAAGCCACUUUCAAACAUCCCUCCAGUGCAUGUUCACAAGAGUUCUUUUUUGUGCAAAUAUAUUUAGUCUUUUCCUUUACUUUGGUCCUCCCUUUUUUCUUUCUCCUCCCUGCCCAGUAGGUGGAGAUGUGCAUAAAGAAUGCAAAGAGUUUCAAAGUUCUAGUCAGAAAUAUUCUUCUAAAAAAAUCUUUAUUUUUCUGUUCAGUAGAAGAAAGUCACAAAUCUAGAAUGACAUAAUGGUGAGUAAAUGAUGAGAGCAUUUUCAUUUUUGGGUGAACUAUUCCUUUGAAAUAUAAAAGUACACAAUGGAAAUGACUGUGGCAAGAGAACUAAUGAAGAAUCCCCAAAUGUUCAAAUGAAACAAAGAAAAACAAUGACAUGGAAUAUAAACCACAAGGUAGCUGUUAAAAUGAGCAAUGUUGUUAAAAAAUCACUUUCUGGGGUUGUCUGAUCUCAGAUUAUCAAGAAUGUCAGGUGACAUGUUAGAUGUGCAGUUGCCAUUAGCAGCUAUGAUGAUACUAGUACCAGCUAAACUAAAAAACUAAGUGUUUUUUUUCCCCAUUGUGAAAUAGUUUCAAACACAUUUGUGUCUUGGCUGUUUUAAAUGUAUUUAUAAUUACAUCAGAGAUGUAUUUUUGUGGGUAAAACUAAACAAAAACGUAGUUUUGAAUUGUGAUGCUAAUCUCUCAACCUUCUUGUGGUAUCUCACUCAUGAGUAAAAUGCAACACACAACUCUUGUUUCAUGUUUCAUUAAUUUUUUAUUUAUUUAUUUCUUUUUUAUUUCAUUUAAGUCAUACUCUGUAGAUCACUUUACAAUUAUCAAAAUUGAAGGAUGUGUCCUUCAUUUGUACAGUUAAUAACUUAAUUGAUUAACAAAAGCACUGAGUUGCAGUACAUUAUACAGUAUGUGUGUAUGUGUGUAUAUACAUAUAUUCAAACAAUAACGUAUAGGUUUUGGAAGGAAAUUGGUACUUUAAUUCACCAAAGUGGCAUCAACUGAACACAUAGUAUAGUCAGGACAUUACUGAUGUAUAAAAACAGCACCAUCACUAUUUAAAAAAAGUCAUUUUUGAUCAAAUCUAGACAGGCCCCAAUUCCAGCAGCCAUCACUCCAACACCUUAUCCUUGAGUAAUCAUGCUAAAUUGCUAAUUUGGUAAUAGAAAAUCACUUGCCAUUAUAACAAACACAGUUGAAAGCUAAUUAGUUUGUUAAAUGAAGCUGAACAUUGUCUUGGUGUUUGUUUUUGAGUCACCGCAGUAUGCAAUAGACUGGCAUGUCUUGGCAUGGCAUGAUUAAUGUCAAUAUUAGGGCAAAAAUGGGAAAAAAGAAACAGCUUUCUCUAGAAACUCAUCAGUCAAUCAUUGUUUUGAGGAAUGAAGGCUAUACGAUGCUUGAAAUUGCCAAAAAACUGAAGAUUUCAUACAAAGUUGUACACUACAAUCUUCAAAGACGAAGGACAACUGGCUCUAACAAGGACAGAAAGAGAUGUGGAAGGCCAGAUGUACAACUAAAUAAGAGGAUAAGUACAUCAGCGUGACUAGUUUGAGAAAUAGACACCUCACAUGUCCUCAGCUGAUAGCUUCAUUGAAUUCUACCCGCUCAACACCAGUUUCAUGUACAACAAUAAAGAGAAGACUCAGGGGUGCAGGCCUAAUGGGAAGAAUUGCAAAGAAAAAGCCACUUUUGAAAAGUAGGCAAAGAAACAGACAUUUGACAACAGAUAAUUGGAAAAGAGUGUUAUGGAUCUUAACCCCAUUGAGCUUUUGUGGGAUCAGCUAGACUGUAAGGUGCGUGAAAAGUGCAACAAGACAGCCGCAUCUAUGGCAUGUGCUACAAGAAGUGUGGGGUGAAAUGUCACCCGAGUAUCUGGAGAAGCUGACAGCUGGAAUGCCAAGGAUCUGCAAAGCUGUUUUUAAGUCUUAUUGUUCUUAAUGUCUUUACUGACUGCAAAAAGCUCCCCAUUGCACUGUUUCCAUUAUGAAAAUUAUACACUAAUAAUAUAAAGGUACACUCUUUUUCAAGUUAUUUUUGUAGGUGAACAACUACUAGAGACAGCAGGGACUUGAUUUACAACAUUUAAUUAUUUAACCUUUUUGCAUGGAGCAAAACAAAUAAUUGUGUCCCACUCUGUCCAAUCAAACCUUUUGAGUGCAAAGACACCCCAAUCAAUACAGAGGAGCACUAUGCCCUUACAAAGCAAUGAAACAUUAUUCCAUUUAAAAUGUCAAAAACAACAAUACCAAAUUACUCUAGCUUUUGAAAAUUAAUGCAGCAGAGAAAGAUCACUGUAUUGAAUGUAUA